CGAGACUGGGUGACUGGCUUCUCCGUUUCCUCUGUCCCUCCCCCCUCAUCAAACCAAACCCUUUCCACCUCAUGUGCCCCGGCCUUCCCAGAACACUCUCCAUUCACCAAUCCAGCCCAUACAGAAAGAGGUUACUUCUUUUGUAUCCCAAACCCACUUCUAUCCUUUUGCAGCUUGAUUGUUGCACAUCCCUCUUCAUCCACAAAGCUUGAUCGCUCUACAUUCACCUGCCAGUUCCCCGGAUUUCCUGGCCGAGUUCGUCCGUGCCUGCGAUCGCGCUCGCUCUCUGCACCUGCCCGCAUUCGGCCGCAUUGCCAAUCAUUGCCUACACAAAAUAAAGAGAAUUCGCGUUUCUCAAAAAGGUAGAACUUGAUCAGAACUCGACCUAUUCCAUAAAAGUACGCCAUGGCCGAUAUCACCGAUCCCUCUGCAGGUCUUGAUCAGCCCUCACCUGGCGAUGAAUUGACCGGCAACGGCGUCGACCCUCGAGGCACUAAACGUCCAAGAACCUCCAUGGCAGGAGAUGACGAUGAUGACGAUGAUGAAAAGGGAGGAAGAGAAAGAAGAAAGAUCGAGAUCAAGUUCAUCCAAGACAAAUCGCGUCGUCACAUCACAUUCUCGAAGCGGAAGGCGGGUAUCAUGAAGAAGGCGUAUGAACUUUCUGUCCUCACUGGAACCCAAGUUCUCCUGUUGGUCGUUUCUGAAACCGGUCUUGUCUACACUUUCACGACUCCCAAGCUCCAACCUCUCGUCACCAAGGCCGAAGGCAAGAAUUUGAUCCAAGCAUGCUUGAACGCCCCCGAACCAUCAGGCAACGAGAAUGGUGUUGAUGCCGCUGAUGAUGUCGCAUCGCCCGAUGAUGUUCCCCCUAUGCCUGCUGCAGCUACUGGCAUGCCGCGACCUCCCACCCACGGCGGAUACAUGACUCAAGAGCAACAACAGCAAGCCAUGUACUAUCAACAACUUCAGCAACAAAAUCAGAGUGGUCAGUAUGCGGGUAUGCCUCAGAUGCCUCAACAUCAGCGCGCAUGAUUGACUUCACUACCUCCUCACGUUAAUGAUACCCACAACGUGCCAAUUCUGCUCUAAUACGCUUCGCGACUCAACCGACUAUUUUGAUCUGUCCUGGUCGGUGGUCAUCUGAAGAGCGUGUGAAGCAGCUUUGCGGCAUAGCAAAGUGCCACUCCUCUCAGGCAGAUGGCGUUCUGGGAAUUUAUGCAACAAUGAUCAUCAAGCUUGGGGUCUGAAACAUAUCUUGCGCUUGAAAUUGAAUCUUGUUUUCAGGCGGGGUACUGCUCAUUUGUCUUCCUGUGUCAUCCAUGGAUAACAAGUCUGACAAGGGCAGUGUAAGGCACAGAGGCCAGCAGUCCGACUGUAAGUGUGGCAGACAUCAUCGCCUCAUGUCUUCCGUCAAAUAGACACCGAAAACACCGAAGGAUAUUCAAAUUCUACUCUACUUCCAUACGUGUUAUCGAGUGUGUUUCUCGUCUUGACCGAUGUUCCAGAUUGAAGCUCUCUCGGUCUCUGAUACACUCACAACUUACUCGGCACCCAUCUCGGAGAUCUCUUUUCCACGAAAGCUUUGACACCUUCACGUAUGUUCUCGCCCUCGUUUAACCUCCUCUGAUACACUUCGUUCGUGGUUUGUGUGCCAUGCUCUGCGCUGCCGUCCUCCCAGCCAGCAAUGAUCCCGGCGCG